CGCCGGGCGGCCUCCUAAUGGAGGCCCCUCAUAUCUCUGCUUCCGGGCCACGCGUCUUUCUCUGGUUAUGUCAAAGUGCUGCGCUUGUUUAUUGGAUACUCUGAUCUGGCUCUACGGCUGCUCUUUGGAGUUUAUGCACGAGAUUUAGGGAUCGUUUCUCAGACUCAAGAAGUUAGAAGUAAGAGUUCAGAUAAGUGAGUCCCCCGCAGUGCUCCUUUUGGACUCAGAAGGGGAAAUGGAGCUGUCAGGAAUGAAAAAGAAGAGUUUGCUAGGAAUCAAAGAGAAUAAUAAAAAGUCCAGCACUAGGGCACCCUCUCCCAGCAAGCGUAAAGACCGGACUGAAGAAAAAUCCAAGGACAGAUCUAAGGACAAACCAGCCACCAAGGAAUCUGGCGAAAAGGACCGUGGGCGGGACAAAACUCGAAAGAGGCGCAGCGCUUCCAGUGGCAGCAGCAGCACCAGAUCCCGCUCUAGCUCCACAUCCAGUUCAGGGUCCAGCUCCAGCACUGGCUCCAGCAGUGGCUCCAGUUCCUCCUCAGCAUCAAGCCGUUCUGGGAGCUCCAGCACUUCACGGAGCUCCAGCUCCAGCAGCUCCUCAGGCUCUCCAAGCCCAUCUCGACGUCGGCAUGACAAUAGGAGGCGUUCCCGUUCCAAAUCAAAGCCCCCCAAGAGAGAUGAAAAGGAACGGAAGAGGAGAAGUCCAUCACCAAAACCUACCAAAGUCCAUGUUGGGAGGCUCACCAGAAAUGUUACUAAGGAUCACAUCAUGGAAAUAUUUUCCACUUACGGAAAGAUUAAAAUGAUUGACAUGCCGGUUGACAGGCUUAAUCCACACCUCUCCAAAGGUUAUGCGUAUGUAGAAUUUGAGAAUGCAGACGAUGCAGAGAAAGCCCUGAAACACAUGGAUGGAGGACAGAUAGAUGGCCAGGAGAUCACGGCAACAGCUGUUUUGACUCCUCGGCCUAGGCUACUCCCAAGGCGUUUCUCUCCUCCCAGGAGGAUGCUGCCACCACCACCUAUGUGGCGUCGGUCACCGCCUCGUAUGAGAAGAAGGUCCAGGUCUCCCCGGCGCAGAUCCCCUGUUCGCAGGAGGUCAAGAUCUAGGUCUCCGGGUCGAAGGCGUCACCGUAGUCGCUCCAGUUCCAACUCUUCACGAUAAAGGAGAAGACUUGGCAGCUUCUAGUUGGGGUUAUUUUUUUUAAAACUCAAGUCCUAUACAGAAUAAAAUUAUACGUUUUUAAAAUAAAGGAGUGGGAAUGAAACAAAAGGAAGCCUGAAAGCUAGUGAUGUGAAGAUUGACCGGGGGGCAGGAGAUUAACUUGCAUCAAAGUUCUUUUAAAAGCUGGCUUUGGUUCUGACAUUCUCAGGUUAUAUUGUUCUUUAGACAGGAAAUCUGUCCCCUUGACAUCCAGAGAAGUACUGCUUAACAGUUUAUGCAGAGGUUCAGCAAUGGCUGGAAAUUAAAAACUUAAAAUUGUUGCAGUUAAGAAAUGGCAAGUGAGCCAGGGAAGUGGCUGGCAUUUCUUUUGGACUUUUUCAUAAUGUUGGAAUGUCUCUUGCUUCUUGCCCUUCUUAAUUUUUCUCCAUUUUCCUUCCCCAAAUAAUGGUGCCAAUGGAUGUUCUUAAUGCAUUCAACCAUUCAAGAUUUUGCCCAGGGACUCGGCAAAGAUUGUGGUUCUCCUGUAGUACUUGCCGUUGAUUGUGCAUUCGGACCCAUCCCAGUCAUUUAAGAAACUAGUUUUCUUGUAAAGCUUCCCUUCCUUAGUCACAUGGUUUUGAUCCAUGUUUCAUGCCCUGCUCCUUCCAGUGCUGAUGUAAAUUCUUUUGUUUGGUUUAUUAUUUUUCUAAGGAAACAUGAAACAGGUUGGCAGAAAAAUUCUCAUAGGCAUUGGGUUCGAAACAGACCAAGUUCGGGGGAGGGGGUAGUUAGAUUCAUAUCUCAAAAGGCAAGAGAUUUGCAGCCUGCUGUACAGUCAUUACUAUAAAGUUUGAUUUUGUAUCUUGUAGUCAUGUUUUGUUUGUAAUUGUGUGUAGAAUGACAAGAUGGAAUAAAACCACCACGGUUUCAAGGAAAUACAAAUUCUCUGUUAAA